AAGUUCUUUAUUUUAGGAGCUACGGACGAGUGAGAGCAGCUGUACAAAAAAUGGAUGGGCCUCAAGAUUUCGGUGCUGUGUCGCCCAUUGCGGACGACAUCAGUUCCGUAGGCGUCGAAAGCCACAGUAGCUUAGGUAAACUGGAUGCCGAAACAGAUGAAGAGGAUAACCUCUCUGCGGAAAUCGAUGCUGCUCUGGCGAGGGCGUCGGAAGGUGCGGGAGGGGUAUUGAUGCAGCGAAACGCAGGAGGAGGAGGAAAGAUAUGGCACUUGCGCUAGGAUCCCUCAACUCAAAGUUGAUCUCUCUACUUCACAUCACCUUGUUCUGUCUACGAUGCACAUGAUACAUGAUCAGUAUUACGAUGAAGUUCACCCUCCACACUCCACAAAUAUCACCUCCCUUUUUCUUUCAUCCCCCUCCAUUUCGAAAGCAUCGGGCGAAGACGUAGGCGGAGGUGGCACCAGGAAAAAACUGCUAGAAGACCUGAGUUUUCAGCUCACCCUACAGCCUGAAGAAGCUAUUCGAAGGAAUGAGGUGGAAAGGACAGCAUUGGAGGUGCAGUUGGAACAUCAAAGGUGGGUGCAUAAAAAUGAGCUGGAGAAGGAGAGGAAAAUGCAUGCAGAAGCCGUGGCUACCCUCAAGCAGGAAAUGGAUCGCAAGCUGCUCACGCACUACGAUAUGGCCAAGGACUUGCAGUCGAUCAAGAUAUCGCUGGGGGAUUUUAGUUUAAGUACUAAGAUUUGUUCCUAUUUUCCACACGUAUCGCUGUCCCAUACCAUAGAAGUAAGUACUUAGAGCUAAUUUCUAUUUCAUUUACUUUGUCUAAAUUCGACUGAGAAAGUUUCCAACUACCAAAAUAUAUGGUGGUUCGGAUGUAGUAUGGACAUUGAGUUGGACUACUACAACAUGUUCCACCAGGUGAAAAGAACUACGAGGAGCUGCGAUCACGGAAGGAGGAGGCGCUUAGUCUGCGAGAAUAUGUCCUGUUGAAGGUGCAUAACGUGAAAAAGGACCGGGAAAAGAGGAUACAAGCCUUGGAAAGUUAAGAAAGGUGGAUGUUCAACAUGAGUCAAAUAGUCUUUCUAGAACACUAAGAGGCCUUACGCAGGUUCCUCUUUACAGAAUGCUUGCAUGGGUGGAAGUCCUCAUGUACAAGCAAUAGCAUGAACAUGAACAUACUAAGAACCGCAUCUCUAAGUCAAAGAAAAAGAGGAGGCGCAGACGGCUAAGCAGGAGACACUGCUGAAGCUGGAGCGAACGGUACCUUUUUAUGUCUCAGAAUCAUUGAGUCAAUGAGUACUUUGUUACAAAAUGAAAAUGGUGAACGAGGAACUACCCAAACCCAAAUAGUUAUAGCCAUUGUCAACUAAUAAAGUAACAACUUUUGAGAUCGACACCACAAUCUUAACAACCCACGCAGGAAGCCGGUUUAGCUCGUCUAGAGCAGAGCCGCGAUGGUCUUCAAGCCGACUACGCCUUACUCCGCGAACAGUCUAGUGCUCAGAUCACAAAACUGACUGAAGAACUCUCUUCGUUGCAACAAAGUAAGGACUCUGUGGAAUCAAGGUCGCGCGUCCUGGCACAACUAGAGCAGAACACUAGGAGGUUAGAGGAUGACCUGCAUGCCUCAAAGCGAGAGGCUGCGAAGUUGGAGUCUAGACUGGCAGAAGCUCAGAUCGACGUGGUGAAGAAUCAGGAGAAGGCGAAUGAGUUGGACACGAAAUUGUGCUUGUCUCAACAUUAUGGGUCUCGGAAAUGCACCUUCAUCCCCAAAUGAGCCAUCUGAAAUAAAAAAAUCGAGAAGAAAAUAAGUAGAGGAAAAUGAAGACACAACUCGGAAGAUGGUCUUCAACAUUCGGCGAGCUGCAUUUUCUCCAUCUCCCUCUAACAACAGCAAGAAAGCAGUCUAGUGAAACAGGUGAGCCUGCUAGAAAUCGCCAAUGAGAAGUUGCAGGGCGACUUGGAUGCGACGCUGAGUAGGUUGGACUCUGCGAAGGAGAAGAAAAGAGAUUUAGUACGAAAAUUCGAAUUGGAGAAAGGCAAAGACACUUUGGACUUGCAAGAGAGGAUCGAUGCAGAGGUGAGUAGACUAAAGGAGCAGAUGGAGAUGGAUGUGGGCAGAAUACGGUCGAAUCUUGUUGUUAUGGCUUUUUACUGUGCUCUUUCUUGGGUGCUUCUCAACGUUGUCCUUCCAAUAGUACAAGAAUACUGCUUAACCAAGCCCAAGGACGGCGUUGAGAAUGCCAUUGAACUACAGACAACGCUGAGAAGCACUGAAAUAUUAACCUAUGCACUGUAUUGACCUCUGCACUGAAAUAACCGAGUUACUGACUGAAAUAUGGGGCGUAGCUUAACAACAAGGCUACUCCUCCUUCUCGUCAGUGUCUCGGUUAUUCUCGUCUGUUACUCGCUUACUUCAGUUUUUCGAGUAGUUCAAUGGCAUUCUCAACGCCGUGGGCUUGGUCAAGCAGUUUCCUUGCAAUACGAUCAUUUUGCGACUGGUCAUAUACCAUCACCUCUAAACCAAAAUUGCACGCGAAAGAGGUUGCACUACUCAAGGAGCGCGUGCACUACGUGGAGGGCGAAAGGGAAAGACUCUCUAGAAAACUGCAAGACGAGGAGCAUCGAUCACAAGAAUUGCAGGUCUCGUUGACGAACACACAUAUUAUGGCUAUAAGUUUUGUAAGUUAAAGUAUAAUUUUGUCAUUUAAUAUCGGCCUUAGUGGAGCUCAGACAGAAUCAAACACACCCUCGACCAUCUAACGCUAGUCGCCUGAGCAACGAGAUCACGGAGCUGAAAGGAGUAUCCAGAUUGAGGCAUUUUGAGGUGGAGAAGUACAGCCUCUCAUACGAAGAAACACUUCAGGCGUUGAACAAAGAAACGCAGGAAAAUGAGGUCCUGAAGAAGAAAGUAGAACUUAUGAACAAGUCCUAGAAUCGAGGUUAGUGUUGAGUAAGUAGAAGUCCUCCUCAAAAAAUCUCGUCCUAGAAUCGAAGUUAGUGAGUAAGUAGAAGUCCUCCUACCAGUUUGUUAGCAAAUGAUACCUCUCCAUCGUGCUUGGCCGUUCCCUUUCAUUCGGAUCCUGACCAAAGAAUACUAUGAGAUGGAGGUGCGGUUGAAGAAGGAGCAUGCAGGGACCGAGAUGGAGAACGUUACCCUGAAGGAGCAGUUGAAGAGCUAUACGGAUAUGGAGUUAGAGCUCAAUGGCGCCCUAAAAGACAUCAGCGAGUAUCGGGAUCCCGCCAUAGGUAAUGCAGUGCCAAGUAGCGUGGAAGACGCACUGAUUCUGGGAGCAACGCUGAGUGGAGCACCGAGUCAGGUAGAAUGAGUUGUGCUUUGAAAUAGGAUGCAGUGAAGUUUGACCUAUUGCUGGUCACACCUCAAAUGAUGGGAUCCAACUUCUUGUUGUCAUCCACCGGACGCGGUGGUCCCGCCAUGGUGCCCUUAGCAGACACCACCCUUACUUUUUAUGACACCCUCCUCUCUUGUGUCUCAGGCCCGUCGUCGAAUCCAAGAAAGCUUAUUGUUGGCGCAGCAACUGCAAAGGAAAGGCAAGGAGUUAGCUGACGCGCGAGGGGAGCUUGAAGUUGAGCGAGAAAAAGUGCGGGCGUUGCAAAAGGCCAAGAUGCUGGCUGAACAAGCAAAAGAGUGGCAUGAUGAUAUGAACAAUGUUGAAGAACAAGUGUUUACCUACUUCUAAUUGUUAUACUGGCAAUAAUUCGUUUCUCCCCACAAAUAUGUAAAAAUACUCGACAACAUAUACUCGACAUAAUCCUGAUUCUCCACUCCCCCUUCCCUUGUGCUUCCUCCUCCCCUUUCAUACCCAAGCCUCGGCACUAUCUGGUGGAGCAACUCCGGGAGAAAGAGGGAGAAAUUCUAGACCUGCGACGGAGUCAGGAGCUGCUUGAGCGGGAAUAUGAGACGCUGAAAGACCGGUUUGUGGAGUUGCAGGACAGGGGUCGGGAAACGGAGGCCGAUUUGAAAGCCAUUUUGACUCAGCGUGAACAACUCGAGUACUUGAAACAGCAGUUAAGGGUUUUCACAUUGGGCUUUCUUCACAAUAUCAUCCUUGGCUUGUUGUUUUCUAGUGGUCAAGGAAGCCGUGGCCAAGGAUGGGCUGAAGAGUGCAAUUUCGCAACCUCUAAAGCAGGCGCCGCAGCGGGAACAGCUUGAGUUCAUGAAGCAGUCUGGAGCUUCGUCAGCUUUUAUUCCGAGAAGUGACGGCGUCAAACUCUCACAAGUGCCAGCUAAAGUAGCCUGGUUUGACAACCUUCGGUCAGCGAAAUAA